UCUUUUUCUCUUUCUUUGCGCACGGUUCAGUGGUAGGAAACCUAGGAGGAAUCGUUCAGUAAAGUCCCGAGAUCCGUUCGCAAUUCCCCGACUCGAAUAAAACCAUAUAUAAAAUAAACAACGAAAAGGAAUCCUCAGAGAAUAACGUGUUAAAGAUAGCAAACAUAAAAGUGUGCAUUAAGUAAAGAAAGCAGAGACCCCAGCUCAAGGAAAGUUGAAAGUUGUAAACCAGAAUCUCGUCGAGAACAAAAACAAAAGCCCCCCCUCAAAAAAAAAGAAACCACAAACACACACACACACACGCCAGCAAAAUGAGUGUCUGUGAGAGCAAAGCCGUUGUGCAACAGCAACUGCAGCAGCACUUGCAGCAACAGGCCGCAGCAGUUGCUGCGGUGGCGCAGCAGCAGCAGGCCCAGGCCCAAGCUCAGGCCCAGGCCCAGGCCCAGGCCCAGGCGCAGGCGCAGCAGCAGGCGCCGCAGGUGGUGGUCCCCAUGACCCCGCAGCAUCUGACCCCGCAGCAGCAGCAGCAGAGCACACAGAGCAUCGCCGACUAUCUGGCCCAGUUGCUCAAGGACCGCAAGCAGCUGGCCGCCUUCCCCAACGUCUUCACCCACGUCGAACGGCUGCUGGACGAAGAAAUUGCACGCGUGCGCGCCUCCCUGUUCCAGAUCAAUGGGGUCAAGAAGGAGCCUCUGACUCUGCCCGAACCCGAGGGCUCUGUGGUGACGAUGAACGAGAAGGUUUAUGUGCCAGUGCGCGAGCAUCCAGAUUUCAACUUCGUCGGUCGCAUUUUGGGACCUCGUGGCAUGACCGCCAAGCAAUUGGAGCAGGAGACCGGCUGCAAGAUCAUGGUCCGCGGCAAGGGCUCCAUGCGCGACAAGAAGAAGGAGGAUGCCAACCGUGGCAAGCCCAACUGGGAGCACCUGUCCGAUGACCUGCAUGUCCUGAUAACCGUCGAGGACACCGAGAACCGCGCCACGGUCAAGCUGGCCCAGGCUGUCGCCGAAGUGCAGAAGCUGCUCGUGCCGCAAGCCGAAGGCGAAGAUGAGCUAAAGAAACGUCAACUUAUGGAAUUGGCGAUUAUUAAUGGCACUUAUAGGGACACAACAGCGAAAUCUGUCGCAGCUUUCUCAUGCGUUGGCUCUGCUUCUUAUCUGUAUCCCGCAGUGUGCGAUGAGGACUGGCGCCGCCUGAUGGCCGCCUCGGACAGCCGCCUGCUGACGCCCACCGGCCUGCCCGGCCUUGCCGCCCAGAUCCGCGCCCCCGCCGCCGCCCCGCUGGGCGCCCCCCUGAUCCUGAACCCCCGGAUGACCGUCCCCACCACGGCGGCCAGCAUACUGUCCGCUCAGGCCGCUCCGACGGCCGCCUUCGACCAGACCGGCCACGGCAUGAUCUUCGCGCCGUACGACUAUGCGAACUACGCCGCCCUCGCCGGCAAUCCUCUGCUCACGGAAUAUGCUGAUCAUAGCGUUGGUCGAUAUAUGCAUGCCGGCUCCGUCUUUUGAACUUCUCUUUCUCACUCUCUAUUAUUUUUCCCUUGAACAACAAAAACAGAAACGAAUUGUAGAGGAACCCCCAGAAAAUGUUUAGCCUAAAGUUAUAAAGUUACAGUCACACACAAACUGGAACAGAAUUAUAUACACACACACACAUUAAUGUAUAGACUGUAUAUAUUUUUAAACUUAAAUAUUUACCUAGAAACAAAAACAUAAGAGUAAAACGGCACAACAACCAGGAAAACAGAAAUACUCAAGAAAAAAAAAGGAACAAGCAAUCAAAUCAAUUUAAAAAAUUAUUGCUCGACGAUGAAUUUGUUUUUGAUAUUUACCAUAGGAGAUAGGUCGCAAAGGAAAACAUUUCUGCAAUAUGCAAUAUUGGCAAAAAUAAGUGAUUUUUAGGCCCUUAAAUUGUAGUUGCCUUAAUCUUAACUUUAACUUUUAUGAUUUUCAACCCGAAACAUUUUAUAUGAGUAUAUUCUAGUUGAGAAGAACAGCAACAGCGGCCGCCAAAGCAAGUUGUUGAUUUUCGUUUUUGGAACCAAUGAGUAUUCAAAUUAAAGAGGGCUAAACUUUAUACUUUUCUCUUCUAAAAAAUAACCCUAUUUUAGUUUUGUGGUACGAGGGUCGAGUCUUAAGUGCAAUCUAGUUAAGUAUCUGUUUUUUAUGUAGUUUUUGUAGUGAGCGUUGCGCAGGGGGACAGUAUUUAUGCACAAAUGUACCUAACGAAGGGCGAAAAGAAAACCGUUUCAAUUUUUCCAGCCAGUGCCAUUUCUCGUCAAAACCAUUCACUUUGAUCAGAAUUGCAGAAAAGCUUUUGUUUUAAAUAUAUACACAAUAUAUUACUUAUAUAUCUCGUAGUGGAGAGGAGCCUUGAAUCAAGUUGGUGCUUACGUAAUUACUUCACUUAGAUCUAAGCUUAGUCGAGGCUCGAGGCAGCCGUCCAAGAACAGAAACCAUAAUCCAGAAUCGAUUGAAUGCACGACUAGUCAGCAGCUGGAAGAACAAAAUGCUUGAGGAACAGUAAACAUGAGCAGAACAAUCACUUCUAUACGAAUACACCUUAGACUAAGCGGCUUGAAAAUCACUUAUUUUGCAGCCAUAACUUGAAAUCAGAUCGAAUAUCGAAUACACAGGCACAUACAUAAACGACUCAUUCCAAAGAAGCAGAGAAUUUAAAUGUUUGACAGUGAAAGAACACCGAAGAACAGGUCAAUUAUUCCCCCUCAGUUGGCAAUUGGCUUCCAGCCCAGCUUCAGUUUGAGCAAGCAUAUGGUAGACGUAAGGAUGUACGCAAUAUCUUUUAGACCUAAGUUGUAUCUUGUAGCGAAUACGUUCACAUCUAUUUAUACCUAUAACCGAUAUGCCUAUGCAAACCUAUAUCUACAUGUAUCGUAUCGUAUAUUUUAGUAGGCGCCAUUAAGCAGCAGCGUCGUUUGGCGACUAACCGCGAACAUCCCUAUCAGCGAGCAACGGUCGGAGUGCCAGCCAAGCCGGCGGGUUUCAUUGAGAUACAGUAAACGCUAGAUACAGUAACCACCAAGCUCUGAAAGCAAUCUCUUUAAAAUCGCAUCAUGUCAGCAGAAGCAACUUCAAAACUUUUUAUCAAUAAUUUCCGAUCAGAGAAAGCAAACAAUCACGAACAACAGAAAUCAAACGAUUGUGUGUGCCCGCCCUUAGACUACGUUGACCGGGCAACCAAUCAAUUUAGUUGAAUUAUUCUUACUUUGCGCUAUUUAUUUUGAUAUCUACGCUGCUCAUUAAGUCCCUGCUCCACCCACCCCCACCAAUCCGUACUGUAUAUCCGAUGAAACCUGGCCGGGAACGCUGGCCAGCCCAGGCCGCUCUGCCCUGAUCAGAGUUCCGAAAACAAUUGUCAAGCGCACCGCCUCCACAGAAGAGCACGGAAGCCAAGCAGCAGCAGCAUCCCAGCCAGGCCCAAAGCGGAGCCAAGUGUGUGUUGUGAAUGUGCAUAUCUGAAGCUAACAAAAUCAAAAACAAAAACCAUAACCAAAAUUCAGAAGCCCAGAAAACAGAAAUCAGAGCCACCACAUGUCCCUGACACAACUACUAAAACACUCAAGCCCAUUCGCCACACGAGCAGCAGAUGCAGCACGUGCAACAAUUGCAGCAGCACCGCAGCAACAGCAACACAGCAGCAGCAACAUCAGUAUGUAUUGAAUCUUGUGGCCAUUAAACUGUUACGUUUUGCCAGCAACAAAAGAAGGCAAUUAAGCAAACAAUUGAUAAGAGAAUCAAACAUAGAACCUAGUUUAAUUAACAUAAUCUAAUGGAAAAUACAAGUUAGUUCUUAGUGUAAAAGUUCAACGAACAAAAACAUACUUAAUGCAAACAUAUAUAUAUAUAUAUAAAUAUAAAAUGCAUAUACAAGUCUGUAUAUAAUUACCCCAAAACCCCUUAACGAAUCUAAGGAAAAUCAUGUUAACGGAAUCUCAUCCAAGAAACUCAACUCAACAUACGAAACUGUUUUAAUUUUUUUAUGCAUCUGCUCUUUUAACUCGUAUCGGAAAAAGAAUCUUUCACUAGUUAAACGCUUUCUAAAGGAUGCAACUCUUUCAGCCGUCGUUUGAGAAUAAUCUAUUUUUGUUACACUGACGCAAACUCUUGUUAAUGAAGUAUUUUUUGAUUAUGUUAUACUACAUCUAAAUAUCCGCACCCCACUUCGAAUUGAUUGUGUGAAAAGUGAGUGGGGUCGAGGCGCGAAACAACAAUAUCAUACUAAACACAUUUAACAGCCAUAUUUAGUUAAUGAAACAAGCAUAAUUCGAUGGUAGCAUCGAGCAUUCAUAAUGUACAAUUAAACGCUAAACUUAAAUUAUUUUAAAUAUUUUAAAGCUAAUGUAUUAUACGCAGAAAUAAAAAGAAAAUAACUUUUUUAACCGAAUAAUUGUUCUUGAAAGCGAUGGCCACAAAAGAAGAAUUCUUUAAUUUAAAAUAAAUAUCACGCCGCCAAUAAUGGGAUCGCGCAUUGUUAUAACUCUCAAUUGAAUGUGUAUCUAUUUCUUAUUUGUAACUGAAACUCCUAAGGUAAAUGCAGAAAGAUUAGCGCAGAACAAAAAUAGAAAGCGAAAGUAAAUGCAUUUAAUUUAUGGUACAAAGCAGCCGCUGCACCCAACGCAAAGUAGCUGCAAACUUUAUUUUGAAUUAAAGAAUUUUCAUUAAUUUUUGUUGGAGAAGGAAAUGUUAUAAAUAUGUGCCUUAAACUGUAUAAUUGGCACCAAUCAAAAUAAUGUUUAAUAAUAAAAAAAACUUAAAGAAGCAUACAGAGAACCUGUUGAAAUUAUUCUGCGAAAUGUGAGACUUAUACUCAGAAACAAACGAAGUUCAAGCACAUGGCAGUGGACUAACCCUAUAAUAUAACUAAACGUAAUCAUAAUGUAUAACUUUUAUUGAUAACAACGGCGAUCGUGCAAUCGUAGCAAACCUUGCAUAUGAUUAGUUCAGAAUUGAUUUUAACAAGAAGGACAUGUAAUAAUAACGAUGAUUGUGUAACCGAAAGGAAAGAAACGUUUUAAAUAAUUUAGUUUUACGCUCAUUACUUUAAUCGAAUGCUGCAGAAACAUUAUUCAUCCAUUGCCAGCAUUAUCAUCUUAACUGCAUACUUUUGAGAGGAAAUCAUUGAUUAGUUGUGAGAUAAUCCAUAUGUUCAAAACCCUAUAAUAUAUCAAAUACGCACAUGUAAUUAAUUGCAUAUGUACGACUGUAUGUAUGCACGAUUAUGUAUAACUUUUUGCAUAAAUAAAUGUUUAUAAAAAAUA